GGAUGAGCGCCUGCGGGAGGAAGGCACUGACCCUGCUGAGCAGCGUCUUUGCUGUCUGCGGCCUGGGCCUCCUGGGCAUCGCGGUCAGCACCGACUACUGGCUGUACCUGGAGGAGGGUGUGGUCCUGCCCCAGAACCAGAGCACGGAGAUCAAGAUGUCCCUGCACUCGGGCCUCUGGCGAGUCUGCUUCCUUGCAGGUGAGGAGCGUGGCCGCUGCUUCACCAUAGAAUACGUGAUGCCCAUGAGCACCCAGCUGACAUCGGAGUCCACGGUCAAUGUCCUCAAAAUGAUUCGCUCGGCCACACCGUUCCCCCUGGUCAGCCUCUUCUUCAUGUUCAUUGGGUUUAUCUUGAACAACAUUGGACACAUCCGUCCCCACAGGACAAUACUGGCCUUUGUCUCUGGCAUCUUCUUUAUCCUCUCAGGCCUCUCCCUCGUGGUGGGUCUGGUGCUCUACAUCUCCAGCAUCAAUGACGAGAUGCUCAACAGAACCAAGGACGCAGAGACCUAUUUCAACUACAAAUAUGGAUGGUCCUUUGCCUUUGCUGCCAUCUCCUUCCUUUUAACAGAGAGUGCGGGGGUGAUGUCUGUGUACCUGUUCAUGAAGCGGUACACCGCGGAGGACAUGUACAGGCCUCACCCCGGCUUCUAUCGCCCGCGGCUGAGCAACUGCUCCGAUUACUCGGGCCAGUUCCUCCACCCGGACGCCUGGAUCCGGGGCCGCAGCCCCUCGGACAUCUCCAGCGACGCCUCCCUGCAGAUGAACAGCAACUACCCAGCCCUGCUCAAGUGCCCCGACUACGACCAGAUGUCCUCUUCUCCCUGCUGAGCCGGGCGGCCUCCUCCAUGGACGGUGGACAGCGGACCGCCACUCCCAUGCUCCCUUUGCUGGCCCCUGAGCUUCAGCCCCGUGGGCGACAAGCCCAGCCCCCUCGUGCUUAGGUGUUACUGCUUGACCCAAGUCAUCUUCCUGCUUCCUUCGGAGCAGCCAUACCCGCCCUCAGUUCCGGUGGGAGGAGUCUAGAGCCAGAGGGCAAUCUGAUUGGCUGAGAGUAUGGUGUAACCCCGCCUCCUGAGUGCCAAUCAAAGCUGGGGCACCCUGAAACAGCGGCUCUCGGCUUGUGUGUUUUUGGACUUUCGUGCUUGCCGAGUGGCUUGGCCCUCGCGUUCGUGAUCUGGGCCAUUGGGCCAAAAAAGGUGACUUUGCUAUGGAAGUCCAGCUAGUUCCUCAUCCUCAAGCAGGCGGUGUUCCUUGUGAAACCUUUAUCCUUUUUUGUCAACCACGUCCCUCCAUACAGCUGUGCCCUCCUCCCCAUUCCACCCCACAGGCUGAGACCCUCUAAGGACCCCAACAAACUGUGAACGUCUCCACUCGCCAGGUCUCAGCUGUUCCUAGCCCUGUCCCAGGGGCUAAGGGUGGGCCCACCCCAUGAAGUCACAAAGCGGUGUUAAUGGCUGACAGUGUCUUAAUAUGUCUUGCCCCUCGGUAACACAUUUAACAGAGGCCUUUAAUGCCGUAACCCAGAGGUGUGACUCUUGACGGAAUUUCAGAAUCUGGCUGUUCCCGAGUUAGUAUUGCCAGGCACCCUUCUAGCACCCCCUGCCCUGAAGGCGCUCACAAGGGCUGUAUUUCAGUCCAAGGCUCUGAAAUCUAAUCACAUAGGCAGACGUCUAUGCUAUGUAAGUAGAGGGCAGCUUUGGGGAGAGGCUGCCUGGACUUUGGAGCUGGAUUUGGUCACCCUUGGUGCAUUUUGAGCCUCAACAAGCCAGACUCCGGAUAACCCAGCUGCUCUCCCGAGGAUGGCCCUGACCAUUUGGGGGUUGCCAAGUCAGUCCUAUCGCAGGGCAGUGCAUGCUUCUUGGUAUGGGCAAGCGUGCACCCAGUCAAAUCACAUGACUAAGCAGUGUGAUGCCCGUUCCAUGGUAGGAAGCCUGAGCUAGGAUGUGGCACUCUCAGUUCCCCAGGUGUCAGCUCAGCGUAACUUCUUUGUUAUGAGAUUUCUACGUAGCAAAACAACGCUCUGCUCUCUUUGCCGUGUAUUUUUGCUGUGCCAGCUUUUCUCUCUUGCUCUUGCUCUCUUUAAGAUACCAUUAGGCUCUUGGUGCCCAAAGUCACAGUGGGCAAUAAGUGGGCUCUGGAGAGUAGGAUGAAAAACUGCACGCCUGGUGUGUGCCACCUUUGUAAGGAAGAGUUGUUUGCUUACUCCAUUUAUUUCACAGCAAGGUAGAGGACAAAGGUAAGAGAAGCCUACUCCAGUCCCAGUUUAGCCACUAAGUCACCAUUAUCCUUGGGCAAGUCCCUUCUCCUCUGAGGGGCUUGGGCUAAAUUAUUUCCAAGCCCACUCCCCACACUCCCAUCCCCAACUCUAAUAAUUCAGUCUCCUGUAGAAAGCUCUAGAUUAUUAUUGUAUGUAACUUUUUAACUCUUGCCUGUAAGCAGAUAGCAAGCCUAAAGCCCCACUUUCUACUUCAUUAGCACCCUCCGAAUGACAGCCAGUGUGGUUACUGUUUGCAGAAUAAGGAAUCCAACGCCAAGCCACUUAGUGUACUUUUUGCUGACCCAUUGUCUUAGAUGUGCUUCUCUCCAAUUUUUGUCAAUGUAAUUAGUUCCUGUGAUGCACUCUUUUGCUUCUAAAACAACUUUCUCAUCGCUGUGCCAGGCUUGCUUUUGUGCACAUGGAAAAUAGAGACCCCUCCUAAGUGUGAGCUGAUUGUUGCGUGUGCCGUCAUCAGGCCAGGCCUUUACUGCCUGGGAGCAUGCAGUUUACACUUAUCUUAGAUUCUGGGUCCUUUUCGUCAUCUGUGCUGAAUGUAUCAAUAAUUGUGCAACCAUUACUGUUUCCUUUCAGUCUAUAAAUUAAUCUCAGAACUGGGGCUUAUUUGUAGGCUCUCCAUGAUCAAAAUAUUUUAUCAGACAUUAAAGUGUGUAACCUCAACUCGUAAAUCAUGCAUUAAGGCCCCCUUCCCAAUACACUUUCUGAUAUCUUGUUUCCUCAAGCACUUUAAGGAAAUGCUUUGGUAGUUUUAUUCUUUGUUGCUUUUAAAAAUUUGGGAGGGGGGAAACUAAUAAAUGAAAGUCUCUUGAAUUAUGGAAUAAAACCACUCAGGGUUACCAGCUGUCAGGAGGGAACAAUUCUGACUUUGGUUUCCUCCCACCUGAGACUCCCCACC